AAGGGAAGAGGGGUCAAGGGUGAAAGGGCAGUAACGACAACGGCGCGAGGCGAGGAGUUUGGGGGAUGGCCAAGCAUCAUCCCGAUUUGAUCUUCUGUCGUAAGCAGGCAGGAGUAGCUAUUGGACGAUUGUGUGAAAAAUGUGAUGGCAAGUGUGUUAUCUGUGACUCUUAUGUGCGGCCCUGCACAUUGGUGCGUAUAUGUGACGAGUGCAACUAUGGCUCUUACCAAGGGCGCUGCGUGAUAUGUGGAGGUCCUGGAGUCUCUGAUGCCUAUUACUGUAAAGAAUGCACCAUCCAGGAGAAAGAUCGAGAUGGCUGUCCCAAGAUUGUCAACCUGGGCAGUUCAAAAACAGAUCUCUUCUACGAGCGAAAGAAAUAUGGCUUCAAGAAAAGGUGAUCCCAUCUCCACUAUGGUGCACCUGCUGGAGUCGAGGAGGCUUCCUAAAAUGUCUUUGGACUACAGUCUUACUGGAAAGCAGUCAAUUUUGUUUUGUUUUCAGUCCUUAUAAUUUGUUGGAAAAACUAGUACCCACAUCUAAACUUGGAGGUUACUGGUUUUCUUGCCUUUCCUCACCAGUAGAUAAUGUAACUGAAUAAGGCAAGUAUUGUCAUUGUUUGUGCCUCAGUGGAAGAAAAUUAUGAUUUCAGCCCCUGUAACUCCCUAUUCAUACUUUCAUAUACAAACAACUUUCUUUUGUUUUGACCGAUAUCUUUUUAUUUUCGUUUAUGACUGCUCCUAUGUUUUCUCUGAAGGAACAAGCAGUCAAAGUUCUAUGUCAUUGUGGAUUAUGGAUCAAUAAAGUUUUAUAGUAGUCUUCUA